AUGGAGAGUGGUGACGUCGCGAUCGAUCUUUCAGGCGGCAAUUACAGGCCGGGCGCCCCACACUCACCAACCAUUGGUCGUGCAUCUGACGUCGAAAAGCGAAAUGGCCAUGUGGUUAGUUUAAGCUAAACUUCGUUGUUCUUUGCCUUAAGAAGUUCUCGACUUCGAUUUAAAGCAUUUCGCUGAAUUUAGUAGCAUCACUCCUAAGUACACCAUCAGUACUUUGCAUUUUUCAGAAGUGCGGACCAAUAUCAUAAGAAGGGUUUUCUGCCAAACAAAUGUUACUGCGCGCGAAAGAUUUGUGCCAUAAACUAAUUGUUAGUGUUGGAGAAUAGAUUUAAACGUUACGUAACAACUAGUGGUGCCAAAGUAGGCAAAUUCGAUUAAUACACGAUAACGCAUAUCGCGCGUCUACCGUUCCAAUCCAGUUUAAUAUGGCCACCACUAAUGUAUAAACGUUUUUCUACUUUGCAAAAUAGCAGGAAGGUGUACAGCGCUGUCUAGAACAACAGCUUUUUACUAGCCUUAAGAGUUAACCGGUUUACAAACGGUAGUAAGAUCUAAAGAUACACUGAUAGUCUUACACCGAGGCUUAGGCGCAGGGAAGCUGUCGUAUGCUUUUUCGUAUGCUUAUACUUUCAAGCGUUCCUUUUUAUUCGUCAAGGCACAGAAAUGAUCAAAGUCGCCCUAUCGCCGUUUCUUUAACGUCAACGGUUACGAACAAACCAAAAUGAAACCUUUCAGCGAAAAGUUGUAGCUGGUCUCGCUAACUCGUUACUUCAGGUUUGCAAAUUUGUCAAAGACUUUUCCAAACAAGACGCAAAAAUCGAAAAGCGCAUAAAAAUAUGCCUAUAUCUACCGUUUAAAUACUAAAAUACGUUCAACAAUGCUAUGUUUAAGUGGUUUUGAACUAUAUUCUCGUUGCGUGCCCCUGGUCUUUCCAAAAGCACCUCAUAAUCCAUCCAAAAAUUUUAGAUCACGGAAACUGUCGGAACAGCACUUUUUGGGGGGCAAAGUCUGUUAAGCGAUUUAAUUGAAAAGAGAUAAGUAAAACAGUCGAUUGCCAGUUACAGAGGCAUUGAGGCGAGACGCACGAAUGAAUAGUUCAACUGUUUAAGAACAGUUUACCCAGAAAAACAAAUUUUUCAGUCACUUUGUUUUUGCAAACCUUCGAUCUUUAUUUCAACUCUGUGCGGAGUUGAAGCAGAGCGCAGUGUGGGGGCUCUAUUACUAAAGCCGAAAACAUUAACCAAGGUGUUUUAUAUGUUGAAGAGUACAGAAUUGAUUGCGCGAACAAAUUUUGCGUGCCAGGUGCGACGAAAAAAAAUGAUUUCGGAAAUAACGAAUUGACGAGCAAUUGAUUGAUUCAAACACAAACGGCGUCAAACGUUUGAUCUUACUUUCGUUUUUCGAAGAUUCUGGUUUCCCCAAGAUCAAACUUCAGUUUUUGUUUACGUAUGUCCACCGCGUGAUCGCCGCUUUUUUUUAAUUUUCACGUUAACUACACGUGAUAUUGACGAAUGUUGCUAUAGUUAUGGUGUGCACACGCAACAGUAAUCAUCCUCACAUUGUUCCCUACAGUGACAACCCCAAAUAAGGGGUAACGUUGUUUGAAGUAGCUACGCAAACACUUUACCUGCUUUACUUACCUGCACAGGGAGCCCGAGCGCUUUACAUGUAUGUCUUAUUCUUUCCAAUGCAAUGAAAUCAAAUUGUUUUACCAGGGUCUCUGUGUCUUUCUUUCGUCGUUCAAGCGCGUUAGCGGAAACUGCAAUCAACAUGAAAGUCUCAAGUUUUAAGUAUCACCUGAAACCCGAGACUCGCUCCCCUGAAGAGAAACAUCAUAUACUUGAAGCUCGAGACGUUAAUGUCGGAUCCAGAUUCCGACCCGCUUGAAUGGAUGAUAUUUUGAAUUUGAACGGAGAAACCGUCUUCGCUGUGAUGCAAAUCCCUUCCAAAAAGACCAAAGAUAGACACAGAUGCACGUGUAAAUCCUUGCCAUUUUGAUGAAUUCGAGUGAAUAAGCUAUAGAGCGCUUCUUGUACAGUUGUAAAAGCACAAGUCUUAGAAUGAAACAGUUUUCAUCCUAUUCCUUGCGAUCUUGUUCCUAUUUAUUUCUUUGACUGUUCUGUAUCCUGUUCAUCAUUGAGCUAAGGAAUUCUGCCCUUUGGCCGCUCCGAGGGAAGCGAAACAAACCUCUUUGUUAAAAAUCCAAAUUGAUCUUGGCAUUUUUAACAUAAUGAAGGUCAUUUCGAGCUUUUGUUACUCAGAGAAAGCUCCACUCUUGCUCUACAUUAUGCCACUAUAUAUAGCUAGCUAGCUGUUAUGACUUGGUCGAUUGAAAUGCUAAUUUUAAAAAGCUUCACGUUUUGCAUCACACUGUUUGUUCUAUAAUGGAUUUAAAUAUUACAUGUCAAUAGGAAGCCUGUUGUCUUCAAACGGGGAUGAAGACAGAACUAACAGAAAAACAGAAGUAAGCUGAUCGGAGAUGCAGUCUGUUAGGCGAUUUGGCAAAAUGUCAUUAACUGUGAAAAAACUUUUCUUGAGCUUAACAAAACAUGAAAUUCUGUUGUGGAAAUGUUACGCAGAAUCAUUUACAUAAACUCUCUUAAGCAGUACUGUCAUAUGCCUUUUUGUUUAAAGGAUUUAACAAAGUGUAGUAUCAAAAUUUUCACUCAUUUCCCUGGACGGAAUGGUUUAUUAGUCACUGUUAGAGCCUCUGGAAAAGGCUUGAUUAACUGUCAACUUUUAAAACAAGUGAUGACAAGUGAUAAAUCGAGUGACAUUUUCCCCAGUACAUAACCAUUAAACCUUCCUCAGCCACCAACGAACAAAGAACAACCUUUUUGCGACACUGUUUUUUUCUUUUGCAUUGGUAUCUAUUAACGUCACAGAUAGCGAAUCUUGGUAGCUCAUGGUUAUACAGCACCCAACGACUGUUUUCUGUAAAAUAUCUGUUCGAAGAAGCACAUAUUAUCUAAAAAAUUUUUAUCGCUUAAUAGAGGCUAAAAAAGUCUAGAUGACUGUCCCAUUCAUCUCAGAUUUUCGAAGCUUGUCAAUUACCUUCUCUACGAUUUUCGAUAGUUGGGUUUUUCACAUUUCGCGCCCCCGGUUUGGUCAUUAUGCGCAAAAAAAUACCUCCCCUAAAUUUUCGGCUUUGGGAAUAGUGACCGAAAGAGGACUCAGAGAAUGUUGAGGUUUCGUAAACCUUUAAAUGGCAUAUAAGAUUGUCGGGAAAAUAAUAAGAAACCGCUAAUAAAUUUGAGAAGGCUAAAGGUGCCUUAGGAUGACCGAACUGAUAAAAAUUGUAUAGAGCAUCUUAGAAUGUAUUUGCAGAGUUUAAAAACACACUAGAUAGCCUUAAAUUCAUUUGAGAACAUUUUCAGGGAGAAAGCCGUCGUUGGGUGCCCCUGAGUAAAAAAACAGACGUAGAUGACGAUGGAAGUUAAUGUUUUUGUUCGAUUUGUUAUAGGAAGUAAAGGACAGCGAGCCACCCCGCCGGCGACGUAGAAGAACUCCACUAGAGUGGUGCAAAAAAUAUUUCUGGGAAGGUUAGAGUCGAAAUUCUUGUUACAAUUUUGUUAAAAUUAUGAGCCACUACCUUUUGUUCCGCGAAUCGCUGCUAGAACACCACUGAAGAGUUAUAGUUCAAGUUUUGAAAAGUGGUAAGCUAUGGGUAGCUAGGAGGUGUCAAGAUUUUUUUCAACUUUUAAAAGUUAGCCCAAGGAUACUCACUGAGCUCUUACACGUCCAGAUCUAGUAUCACGGAACAGUGGGGGAACUACGAUUUGUUUGUUUGUUUAUUUGUUUUAUGAAAAGUUAGGUUAUUUGCUACAAAUGGUUGAAUCAUUUAAAUACCUCGUUUUCUUUUAGGUCAAACACUGACCGCAGAGGGAAACGAAGCAAUUGCAAACUUGGACCCCAACGCGCCAUGGCAUACGAAGCUUCUUGUCAAGUAUCGUCGCUUCGUGGGUAUCGGCAUAGCGUCUGGCUUCUGCCACAUUGUCUGGUGGACUCUUGCCAUCAGAUACAACUGGUUCGCUAUCUUUCCUGAUAAUUACUUCAUGACUUUAACGAUGAUUGUUGGCGGUACCGUCGCAGGUAAUGUGAUCCUUUAACGUAAGAGCCAUUUCCAAACUAACGACUUAACUAAAGAUUGGUCAAGUUGGGGGAAUGGAACUAUGCUCUGAGACACUGAUUUUGUAACGGGCUCUGUGAAGGCAAUAUCAUCAGACAUUAAUCACCAGCCUAGUAUUUUUCCACGACAGAGUGAGCCUUUAAAAUAGCGUUAGUUUCUUAGUAAGUUGCCCGUGUUCCCCUGCAUCAACACCCAGCAUCUGUUGAAAAAAGAUUGUCUCCAGUGUUAGGUUAUAAAGGUAUUGUGAUACAGAAUCGAUAAUGUGGAACUUUUUCUUGCUACAGGAAUGACCAGUGAAGGUGGAGGAGCGGUUGCUUUUCCUGUCUUAACCCUUGCUGUUGGCGAGAAACCUUCUAUUGCACGCGAUGUCGCACUGUUAGUGCAAUCCUGUGGUAUGUCAGCGGCCACGUUCACCAUCUUCUUUAUGCGUGUGCAGCUAGAGUGGCACUCCAUAGUAUUCUGUUUCCUUGGGGGAGUCUUUGGCGUAAUACUUGGCCUGGAGUUUGUCGAUCCUUAUGUAAGUGCCGUCGUGAAGAAGAUGAUUUUCGUCUGCGUCUGGUUCACCUUUGCCUUCGCUCUGUUUCUUUUGAACCGCUACUACAAGCGAAAGACAUAUAAGACGAUCCCCGAUGUGAAGUUGUGGAAGAUAAUCACCCUUCUCGUCACUGGCUUCAUUGGUGGAGUCUUCACUGCCGUUGUUGGUGGGGGAGUAGACAUCUGCAGCUUCAGCGUCUUGACACUUCUAUUCCGUGUCACUGAAAAGACAGCCACACCUACAUCCGUGGUUAUGAUGGCAUGGACCUCCUUGGUUGGAAUCGGGUGGCGUCGUCUCGUUCAAGAUACGGUGGAUCUACAGGCAUGGCACUACAUCAUUGUUACUGCCCCAGUUGUUAUGCUUAUGGCUCCCCUUGGCUCCCUCCUGGGAACUCACUUCCAUCGCCAGGUUCUUGCUGCUUUGAUCUACAUCUUGGACACCAUUUCUCUGGUGACUGCCUUUGCAAUCCUACCGCUCUCUGGCGCUGUGAUUGGCCUGUCCGUGGGAAUGUUAGUCUUCGGGUUCGCCUUUUUCGGCUUUAUCGCGUGGCUUGGCAAUAAAAUCAUGGCAGAUAUUGAAGCGAAAGAGGAAGAGAAAAGGGUGGCAGAGAAAGAAAAAGAGGCUGCAAAUAAGGGAUUCGAUAACGAAGCGUUCAAAGAUAGUACCGCUUUGUAGACACAAGAAAGAAUGAAGUGAAUAUACUUUAAUGAAUAAGCGAAUUUCUUUUUUAUUCUACCUACCUUUUUAAUAUGGGCUAGGUCAUUGUUAUAACGCUUUUAAAAAUACUAUUAUUUCUACGACCUUUGUUGCAUUUUAAGCCUACACUUGUAGAAUGUCAAUAUAUCUAACUCAAAGUGUCAUAAGAACAAACGCAGUCGCAGUAGUAGGACUGAAAAUUCCAGAAAGAUACCAUCUGAAGGCACUGUAGGUAGAGCUUUCCGCUCACGAGAGUGGCGUUAAGAGAGCCUCCACUGUAAUUGAACAUAUAAAAAUAAUUUGUUUAGUAUUACUUUUUGUGAUAUCAUUUUAGAAAGCUUUUACG